AUGCUGGGCUUGGGUCAGACAUAUUUGUUGGUUUUGCAGCUCAUCGACAAGGAGAUCAACCCGUACGUGGAGCAGUGGGAGGCGGAGAAGGCAUUUCCAGCGCACAAAGUCUUCAAGAUCUUGGGCAAUGCUGGCUUUCUAGGUGUUGAUAAACCAGUUGAAUAUGGAGGUUUGGGCCUCGACUUCAGUUACAGCAUAGCAGUGGCAGAGGAGCUUGGAAAUAUUCGCUGCGGCGGUGUCCCUAUGGCCAUUGGUGUACAGUCAAACAUGGCUACUCCUGCACUGGCCAGGUUUGGUUCAGCUGUGCUGAAGGAGGAGUUCCUUCUUCCCAUCACAGGGGAUAAAGUUGCCUGCCUUGGAAUUAGUGAAGCCGGAGCUGGUUCUGAUGUCUCAAGUAUUAAAACCAAGGCAGUGCAGAAAGGAGAUGAAUAUGUGAUUAAUGGUGGAAAGAUGUGGAUCACCAACGGUGCCCAGGCUGACUGGAUGUGUCUACUUGCCAACACAAGUGAUGGGCCGCCACACCGGAAUAAAUCCCUCAUCUGCUUGCCCAUGAACCUGCCAGGAGUAAAUGUGGCCCGGAAGAUUGAUAAAAUAGGUAUGUGGUCAUCAGACACAGCCGAAAUAUUCUUCGAUGAUGUUCGUGUACCCUGCAAAAACCUCAUUGGUCAGGAAGGUUUGGGCUUCACCUACCAGAUGCUUCAGUUCCAAGAAGAGAGACUCUGGGGAGUGGCCAACAUCCUGACAGUGAUGGACGCCAUCAUUCAGGAGACCAUCCAAUACACAAGGCAGAGGAAGAUCUUCCAGCAACCCGUUCUGAACCACCAGAUCGUUCACUUCAAGUUGGCUGAGCUGCAGACGGAGGUGGAGUUGCUCCGCUCUCUGCUCCACCGUGCUAUAGCAUUGUACAUCAAAGGCAAAGAUGUGACCAAACUGGCGUCGAUGGCCAAGUUAAAGGCGGGUCGUCUGACCAGGGAGCUGAGUGACAGCUGCCUGCAGUUCUGGGGAGGGAUGGGCUUCACCAGUGAGGUGCUGGUCAGCCGGGUCUACAGGGACUCCAGAUUAUUAUCAAUUGGUGCCGGAGCAGACGAGGUGAUGCUCGCCAUCAUCUGCAAGUACAUGGAUACACUACCCAAGAAAUGACAUUAUCAACACCUGACCCAGGAAACUUUUGUCCCAACGUCUAGCACACAGUAGACUAAUUAUAACCUCCCCCAGAGGUGGUUGUGUAUUGUCAUUUGAUUAACAGGAUGUCUCAAGAGUUUGACAGCACAUUCUGUGAAACUAUGUAAUAAUACUUGACUUUAAUUUAUGAACCUCAUGCAGAUCGGGAGUCGUGUUCAGUCAACAUUUUUAGACUCUAUCCCAUUGGUUUUUGUAUGUGCACACUUUGGGGUAACAGCGCCCCCACCAGGCCUUCAACCAGCUAAGAACAGAUCAACAGGACUGUUGGACCUCUGUGGAGGAGGCAUGCAGUCAAGUGUCCUUUAUUUUAUAUUGAUUUACAAAACACGUAUGUUAUUACUGACACGAUCAAUGAAGAUUAGCUGUAUUCUGCCUUAACGAGUGUUUAAUAGCCGUACUAUUUGCUAAUGACAAACCUCACUUCCUUGCCUAUCAAAUUUUAUUAUCCGGGUGCAUAGAAAUGAAAAUAAAUGUCUUGUUAUCGAUGUAUAAUUGACUGGUUAAAAUGUAUUAUUAAACAUUGAGUAUUUUGUGGCUUAUUUAAAGCACAAGAAAACACCAUUUUUCUGAAUGUCUCCAUUCUGCCUGCUAUGUAAGCAUCUGUUUUUAGUGGUAAGAACAUCCAAAAAGCAUGUAAAUAAAUGUUUAUUCCAACUUUUUUGACAUGUUAAAACAGUAAAUAGUGCAGUGAACUUCACAGAUGAUGUUAUAACAGUUCAAAGUCACAUAGGUGUUAUUAUCAACCUCACAGAAGAUUCUUGGCAGUGUCACAUCUUAACCAUCAUCUGUUUGAUAAAAAAAUAUAUGUAAAUCACCUCUUCCUUUGAAAAUAGAGUGUGUUGUGAGAGGUUUCCAAAAGUCAGCUUCCACCUCCACCUGUCUGCUUAAAAACUUCAACCAAUUAUUAGUGAUCAUAUUGCACAUAAUCAUUUUAUAGAAUUAACACUCCAAAGCAACUUUAGGCGUGAUGUGGCUCCUUGGACUUCUGUCUGUAUCUGUACUCUUGCUUGUUUUAACACACCCACUGAGCCCAGUUAGACCCUGUGAGACACGACUACAUAAUCAAUAGACAGCACCUCAUUUCCAUUUAAGGGUGAUUCUUAGACUACGGGCACUUAUUAUGUCCUUUGAUCAUAUUGUAUGAAAAACAGAAAAAAGGGGAAUAAUGUUUUAAAAUAUCUCUGAA